AUGGCCUUCUCUCACCGUGGCAUACGGUGGCAUACGUAUCAAACACCCGCCGUCUACUCGAACUGCCGCCUGCACUUCCCCUUCAACCUCUUCGUCGCCCCGACCUUCCCAACCAAACCCACAUCCAGCCCUCACCAUGAGCAAGAAGGAGAAGAGCCCGCUGCUCUACUUCUACGGCGUGGAGUGCGCGCACUGCGACCUGAUGGACCCGCUGAUGAAGCAGCUGGAGGACGAGACGGGCAUGACGCUGCGCAAGUUCGAGGUGUGGUACAACGACGACAACCUGCGCCUGCUGCAGCGCCUGGACAGGGACGGCGUGUGCAACGGCGUCCCGUUCUUCUACUCCAAGAUCAAGCGCGACUGGAUCUGCGGUGCCACCAUCUACCCCAACUUCAAGGCCUGGGCCCUCGGCAAGCCGCACGAGCGCUUCCUCUCCCCGCCCGCGGAGGAGGGCGAGGUCAUGGGCCAGUUCAAGGGCGUCUUCGAUCGCAUCAAGAGCACCGGCUUCGACGCUAUUCGCAAGAGAAUGGAGGCCGGCAAGAGACUCGCCGGCGAUGA